AUGCUCGUGCUGCUACUAUUAGCGUACUACACGCCGUGCUCGGGCGAACUAGACGCGAAUCCCGCGCCGCCCGUACGGAGAUCCUCAGAUACAGGGUUACUAAGUUCAUCAAGAAGUAACGGGCUUAGUGUAGGAAGUACUGUUAGUAACAGUAGAACCAUGCGGAAUAUAAACAGGCCUACUCUGCCCAUUCCCCUCCGCCCUGUCGGGUGGCGGAACGCGAAUCACGCUGCUCCAACCCCGCUCCUGCCCGUUUUACUCGGGCAAGAAACUCCCGAUAAAACCGCUGGACUCCGCCACGUGGCCGCAUCAUCCGCCGGAGAUCCCGAGGGCAUCCGCGGCGGCGCGCGCGGGAACUGGGCGUCCGGGGGAAUGAUCGGCGCAAGGCGGUGGCAGUGGCGGGGGGGAAAGAAGGACCUCUCGGGGGAAGCCGCGGGGGAAGCUGGGGGAAGCUGCGGGGGAAGCUGGGGGGGGGAAGAGGAGGAUGCGGCCGCGGGCACCGCCGCGCCUCGAUCAUUGUCUCAAACCGCUACCAAUCCGGUCGAUACAUUGACAACAGGCAGUGAUACAAUAGACAGCAGUACUGUUGAUAGUAGCAGCCAGAUUGCAAAUCUCAAGAGGGGAAUCGCGCGGCCCAUUUCCGAGGCUACUGGAACUACUAAAACCCUUUCCACCUUAUCCACGUCAGCUACUGCGUCAUCCACGUCAUCAUUGGCGUCAACGCCGACCCCCAUCGGCAUCAGCCCGCAUUGGAGCUACUACUGUACGGACAGAUGCGGUGUCAUGUGGAAACCGAUCCGAGUGUACGUGGUGUGGUACGGUUACUUCUCCGAGUCGCAGAAGCAGCUCGUCCGUACGCUCACCAGGUCGUUCAGUCCGAGCGACGAUCCCGCCGUUACAGUUCCCCUCUGGUGGAACAUCAACCGGCUGUACUACGACCAACAGGGGCGUUUCAUCUCGUCGAAUGUAACGUGGGUCAAGGAAAAAGAUGACACGGGGUAUUCGCGAGGGAAAACAUUGUGGCUGGAUGACGUGGAAGCGGUGGUCGCAACGGCCAUUGCUACAAGCGAGUUGCCUUAUGACGAGGAUGGAGUGUACUUCGUGCUGUCGGACCAAUAUGUGAACCAGGUUAGCGAAAUUGUGUAUUUGUGUGUUUGGGUUAACGAUUCCCCUUCUCUUUCUUGA